CCGCUGUCAUUUGCGUUAUCAGUGUGCGUCCGGUGCAGUGAGUGUGUGUGAGCAGAAGCAGAAAUGGCAGCAAGGUUAUUGAGAGCAGCAGUCCGGGCCUCGGCUCUGUACCGCGGGUCUCCCGCUCUGGGGCUCACCAGGGGAAUGGCGGCUGGAGGCAUUCCCACUGAUGAACAGCAGGCCACAGGGCUGGAGAAAAGAGUUCUGAAGUCCUUAAAGGCUGGCACGGACCCAUACAGUGUGCUGAAGCCAAAGCAGUACGCUGGCUCCAAAGACGACCCGCACAUUGUCCCCUCCGUCAACAACAAGCGCAUCGUCGGCUGUGUCUGUGAGGAGGACAACACGGCCAUUGUGUGGUUCUGGCUGCAUGAAGGAGAAGCUCAGCGUUGUCCAUCCUGUGGCUCGCACUAUAAACUUGUUCCUCAUGAGCUUCCUCAUUGAGACUCUAAGCAUUCAGCACUGGUUUUCUCCUUUGUUAAUUAAUAACAUUAUUCCCCACACACAAUCGCUACAGUUACACAACCAACUGUACCAGGUGUAUGUCACAGCAGUUACUCCUAAUAAACACCUUACAUGUGUGUA